UCUUUAUAUGCUCGUGUAGAAAAAUCAUUGUUCAUAUUCAAUUCAUUUCCCAUUUUCUUUCCCCACCAAUUUAUUACACUACAUGAAAGCCACAGACAAUUUCUACACUUGAAAUGCGAACACAUUGAGUGGGGUAGGUUUCCGGAAAGUGACUGACACGUUUGCCUGUUUUGUUUUCAGUCUACUGUGACGAAUUUUGUGGUCAAGAUGAUCGAAAUCACCUCAAAAUUGGUACGGGAACAAACCCCAGUGUUUCUGUGCGGAGAGGUAGUUGAGUGCUUCAUCUCCUUCACGAAUCCCUCACUGCCGGAGCACAAAAUUGCCCAGAGCAACAUUGACAUUCUGGAGAAUCUUGCCUGGGCAACAGCUCAGAUCCAUUGUUAUUGCAAUUCUGUGUUUCAAGAGAGAUCAAAUCAAGACUCACUGACCAAUGAUACAUCCCUCACGGCUGCCACCCAGGGCCAAGGCGACAUUGUAAUGGCCACAAGUCCCAAAAUCCUCUUCUGUGAUCUUCGAUUGGCGCCAGGAGAGACGAAAUCAUAUCUCUAUAGAGAAUCCCUUCCAAUGUCUUGUCCGCCCACGUACAAAGGAACAGCUAUAAAAUACUACUACAAAAUCACCAUUGCCACUCAACGUCUGGGCUCUAAAGUGCAAGCUCUCAGAGUGCCCAUCAGGGUUCUUCCCAUGCCCACGGUUAUUCGUCCGGAUGACGUUCCGGCGCUGUGCAAUGAAACCAAUGAGGAAUUGGCGCCAACCAAUCCCUUCCUGGAGACGCGCAAGACCGAAUCGAAACUGGAAAUAGCUCUGCAUCACCUGCAAAACAUCACUGCACGUCGUCGUCCCAAUUUCUAUCUCAUCUCCAAUAAGCGCGGCACAGUGGGGCGCUUCUGUCUCUUCAAGCCAGCCUACAAGUUGGGCGAGGAUAUUGUGGGCACUCUCGAUUUCACCUGUCGCACCGUGAGAUGCAUCCAAGUAUCCGUGACUCUCCAAUGCGAGGAGAUUCUGCUGAAGAAGAGCCCACAAACUCAAGGCACCCAAGCAGAAGCAGAGCCCACGUCAACAGGUAAAAUCAUGGCUUUUACAAAACACCACGAAGUGUGUUUGGGCCUGAAGCAGACGCAGAUGAUUCUGCCCAUCCCACUUCACGUGACACCCACAUUCACCACGGAACUCGUGGACAUCCGGUGGCAGCUGCACUUUGAGUUUGUCACCAGCGCCAGUGAGGAUGUGAAGUUGAUUGAAAUCAAGGGAGACAGCUGGCAAGCACCCACAGACAUCAUGAUCGAGACGAUGAUCUGGAAUCUCCCGGUCACACUUUAUCCCACGGCUCCACAGCAGAUUCUUCAGCAUUCUGGCAAACACACGCUGCUUAUCAAAUAA